AAGUAUAGUUAGUUAAGUUUAGUAUAGGCCUACCACUACCUAUAAAUAAAUCACUAAACUAAAUAUAAAAAUAAACAUGGGUGCUUGGUUUAGUUUUAACAAAGAUUACAGAAUACUUAUACAAGGUCUAGAUGCAUCAGGCAAGACAUCGCUGUUGUACAAGGUGAAGCUUGGAGAGGUUGUUACAACAAUACCCACUAUUGGCUUUAAUGUGGAGACAAUCCACUGGAAUGGAGUUUCUCUUGUAGCCUGGGACAUUGGUGGGAGAGAUAAAAUGCGUCCUCUUAUCCGCCAUUACUACGCCAACACACAAGCAGUCAUCUACAUGAUUGACAGCAAUGACAUACAAAGGUUAGAUGAAGCCAUAGACGAGCUUAUAAAAUAUGUUGUAACUGCAGAUGAGCUGAGAGACACUGUGGUCAUGGUCCUGGCCAACAAACAAGACCUACCCAACGCCGUCUCAUCACAAGAGAUUGUAGACAAGCUGAAAAAAUUUCCUUGCGUCUCACAGACAAUAUUUGUGUUGCCGUGUUCAGUAACCACAAAUGUUGGUGUGCAUGAAGCUUUGAAUGAAUUUGUUAAACAAAUCAAAUUAAUGAAAGCUGGGAAGGCAGAGAGGGGUUACAUUGAUGUGCACAAAUCUAUGGAGGAAGACAGAACCAAGGGAGGGAAUUCAUUAUAUUAUUUCUGGCCUGAAUACCUCAAGAGUUAUCUUUCUUACUUCACGCAAAUUUUUUCCAGUGAGAAACAAAAAAAUAUUUCUGUAGAGGUAAGUACUGGCAGGUCAGCAGAACCAGUGGACACUGUGACGUCAUCAAACACAGGAGACUCACAGGAAAUGGUCAGCACUGACCCUCAGCUCACCAAUGCCCAACAGUUAGACAUUCAGCAGACCAAUGCCCAACAUGUAGAACCUACUGACCAGUCUCAGCCUGUGUUAGACUCACACAGUAAAGCUGCUGACCUACACAAGUUAUCCAAUGAUCUUAAGCUAACCAACCAUGACAGGCUUGAAAUCCAUUCAACCAGGACUCUAAGCUAAGUCUCUGAGAUCUUGACCACCCACAUUCCCCCUGCCUGAUAGAUCUACUUGACCUUUAAACCCUCAGUGAUAAGAACAAUACAAGGUCUAUGGGAUGUGCAUCAUACAUCUGUUUCUUCAAUGGUCAAUCCUCAGCAGUAGAGAAACAAAAUCUAAGGCUACAUCCUACAAUAGAUACACACGUAAUUCUGUUCUUAAAGACAAAAGCUAUGAGGUUUUUUUAAAUUAAUGACUUAAUAAAGACAAUGUGAAUGUUGUUUGUUCUGAUUAAAUAGGGUAAUACUUAUCACUUUGAAGAUCAUGUUUUUGUUUAAUAUAAUGUAAUACUGGUCAAUCCUUGAUAGUAACAAAAUUGUUAUAAAUGUAAUGGUACUGCCAGUAAUAUCUUAACAUUAUGCAAUUAUUUAUAUUUUCUGAAUUUUCCAUAUAAUUUAUUAUAAAUAAGUUGUUAUUGCUGUUUAUAAGUGAUGGCAUCAUUGUAUAGUUGAGUAUUUGACUGAUGUUUAUAAGUGAUGGCAUCAUUGUAUAGUUGAGUAUUUGACUGAUGUUUAUAAGUGAUGGCAUCAUUGUAUAGUUGAGUAUUUGACUGCUGUUUAUAAGUGUUGGCAUCAUUGUAUAGUUGAGUAUUUGACUGCUAUUUAUAAGUGAUGGCAUCAUUGUAUAGUUGAGCAUUUGACUGCUAACCAGAAAGUCUAGAGUUUGGAUCCCCAGCUGGAGUCUUAAAAAAGUCUCUGAGUCCACCCAGCUCUAAUGGGUACCUGAGUCACGUUAGGAAAAGUAGAGGCAGCAGGGCAUAGUGCUGACCACACUAUCCCGUUAUAAGCUGAGGUAAAAAAAAAAACAAGUGAAGUCUACUUCACCUGCCUCUAGGCACCGUAAGGUUCUAGAGGGUACUUUACUGUUAUUAUUGCUGUUAACAUUUCUCUAAAAUCAAACAAACCCGAGUGAUUUCCCAA